GAAUAUAAAAUGGCAAAAAUCAUAAUAUUUGCAUCAAUAAUUUAUUUGGGCAUAAUUUAUAAUAUAUUAGAUGCUAAGCAAGGUAAUAAUGAUGAAGAUACUAAUGAAAAAUACCGAAGUCCAGAACCAUCUGGAUUAGCUUACUUAGCAGAACAUUUUGACGAUAAAGAAAAAUUUAAUACUACCUGGAUAUUAUCAGAGGCUAAAAAAGAUAAUAUUGAUGAAGAUAUUGCAAAAUAUGAUGGAAUCUGGACUAUUGAAGAGCCUAAAACACCUAUACAAGAUGGUGAUUUAGGUUUAGUACUGAAAAGCAAGGCUAGGCAUGCUGCUAUUUCUAGUUCAUUAAAUACUCCUUUUCAUUUCAAAGAUAAACCAUUAUUUGUACAGUAUGAAGUUAAUUUUCAAGAUGGCCAGGAAUGUGGUGGUGCAUAUCUUAAAUUAUUAACAUUAGAUCCAAAACAUGCAGAAUUAAAGAAUUUUCAUGAUAAAACUCCAUAUACUAUUAUGUUUGGACCUGAUAAAUGUGGGAACGAUCAUAAGUUACAUUUCAUUUUCCGUCAUAAAAAUCCCUUGAAUGGUACAAUAGAAGAAAAGCAUUGCAAGAAACCAAAAGAGAGAUUGGAGGAUUUCUUCAAAGAUAAACAACCACAUUUAUAUACUUUGAUUAUUCGUCCUGAUAACACAUUUGAAAUCAAAGUUGACAAUAAAAUUGUAAAUACAGGAUCGUUAUUAGACGAUUUCACUCCUCCUGUAAAUCCACCUUUAGAAAUAGAAGAUCCAAGUGAUAAACAACCUGAUGACUGGGAUGAUAGAGAAAAGAUCUCUGACCUAUCAGCGGUAAAACCUGAUGACUGGGAUGAAGAUGCUCCAGCCCAGAUAGUAGACGAAGAAGAUGUUAUGCCAAAAGGGUGGUUGGAAGAUGAACCACCUAUGAUACCAAAUCUUGAUUCUGUAAAACCUGAUGAUUGGGACAUUGAUAUGGAUGGAGAAUGGGCACCUCCUGAAAUACCAAAUCCAAAAUGCUCAAAUGCUCCAGGUUGUGGUCCUUAUAAGCAGAAAAUGAAGAAGAAUCCACGUUAUAAAGGGAAAUGGUUACCUCCAUUGAUUAAUAAUCCUAAUUAUAGUGGAAAAUGGAAACCUAAACUAAUUCAUAAUCCUAAUUACUUCAAUGAUGAACAUCCAUUCUUGAUGUCAUCUAUUUCUGCUAUUGGAUUUGAACUUUGGUCCAUGUCUCCUGAUAUUAUUUUUGACAAUAUUCUUAUUACUGAUGAUGAAGAUGUUGUAAAAAAAUGGUCUGCUGAAACAUUUGAAGUAAGGCGGAUUAAAAUUGCUGAAGAAAAUUGGAGUCUAUGGAGUCAAAUUGCAACAUAUACUGCAGAAAAUAGUUGGAUAUGGGCUGUAUGUUUCAUAGGUUUUGGUGUACCCGUAUUUCUAUUAAUUCAUUUUUGCUGGUUUAAUAAUCAGGAAGACGAUGAUAAAAAAGAAGAGGAGAAUCAAAAUUUAGAUGUAAAUAAAGAUUUACUAAACAAUGAAGAAAAGAAAGAAAUUCAGGAGCCAGCAGCUAUAGAGGAAAAUAAAGAAAUUGAAAAUGCAAAUGAAACAAAGGAGAUAACUGAACCUAAAACGGAUAAAUCUAGUGGUGAUGAUGGUCCAAGGCGAAGAAAACCAAAUAAAGAAUGAUAAGCAUCAAAAUAAAUAUAAGAAGAAAUUUAUUCUUAAAGUGUUUAUCUGACUUUCACAUUCCACAUUAUGCUUGCUGUUGUGGAUAGUAGUAUUAUCAAUCAGUAAAUAUGCGAUGUUUUCAUUAGCAAUUCAUUCCUCGUUUAGAAAUAUACAUGCUUCUUUCUUAAGAAUAAUUUAUCAUUAUAUAAUAUAAUUCAACAAAAUGUCUUUGUGUACACACACAGUAAGUAUAUUUAUAAUAUAUUAAAAAACUCUACUUAUAUAUAUGCAUUCAAUAUACAUAUGAGAGAUUUUCACAUAUGUAAUAAAUAUCACUUGGCUAUAUAUUAUAUCAAUGAAAUUUUUUAAUGUUUCCGUUUUAAACAAUUAUUAAACCUUUUUAAAGUAUUAAUAACGCAAUGAUAUCUGUUUCAUGAUAUUUUCUAUUUAUUACAGUUGACAAAAUCAUUCUGUGUGUCAAAAAAACUCAUAACUGCAUAUAAGCAGUUAAAAUAAUUAAACCUGAUAUGUAAUGUCACGAAGAGCUGAUUUUGUAUUUUUAUUACUUAUUUUCUGUGCAAUCUCAUGUACAUUACAUAAAUACUUAAAUAUAUAAAUAAAACAUAUUAGCAUAUUAAUGUAUAUUAAUAGAUAACAUAAAAUUAUGUAGACUUGAGAUUACAAAAAGAUUGUGAAUAUAUAAUUACUGUAAACUGUAAUCAUUUGAUUGGUGUAAACAAAAAUAUAAAAUAUUAAAAAUCUA